CUCAUCAAUUCAAUUGAGAUAACAACCAUGGCACAGCGUAUUCUCAUUACAUGCAAAUCGCAUAAGGUUCCUGGUCCGGAUAGUGAGAAAGCUACGCUACUAGCCAACCAAGCCUGUCAGAAGGUUUGGGGUCGAGACUUCAAUGAGGGUCUCGGCGACCGCAUAACAUUGGAGGGUGAAUUUACGUACGGCGUACGGUGUAACCUACUUGUUGAUAAUGGUCCCCUGGAUAGUGAGGACUACACUACCUCAUUUUUCAGAUGGAAUGGGGAGGCGCUUGUCCUUACUCAAUUACCAGCGUCCAUCCUUAAAACGUUGGAAGAGCGGUUUCAAUUCAACCCAGCCAACAGACCUAAACGCGUCUGCUACACAGAUGAGGAAUACAAGGAUUCGGCCCGAAGAAAUAUGACGAACUUGUGAGAGGUAAAGCAGAGAGACGGGAGAUUGCAAGAAGGUUCGAUCCUGAGAAGUUGCAUAACCAGUAACAGCCUCAAGCCAAUUAAUUAGGGCUUCUAGAAUAGUACGGAUUGGAUUUACAUGCUCUUUCAUGCGGCGAAGAACUAUAUAGGCCAUCUAGCCCAAAAUAUCCCCUGAUUUACCAGGCUAUAUGACAAAUUAUAUAUCGUGAUUUUAGAUUCUUCUAUCUACCCAUCAAAAUAUCAGGAUUCUGAACUAAAGCGAUGAACUUCAGCUUCAGACUUCGACAGUUAACAUGACCACGGACUGCUACUUGGAGUGGAUGGGCAGCCGAUCUCGUCAACAACUUGUCCUCAAAAUAUCGCUCGUGAAACCUUCCGCGUCCUAGACUCGCCAGGUGGGCUUCUAGAGAAGCCGUUGGUCAAAGUCGUCCUGCGAUCUUUGUAGCAGGGGGGUGCGGGCAUGGUUUGUGAAGGCGAAAGCAUUUUCAUUCGAGACGUCGCCCAGGAAUAAUUUCAACCCCUUGCCGAUUGAAAAAUUGCAUGCGCGGCAUGUCAAGACCUCAUCCAAUAUGUACGCGCUUCCUCGCAGGUUCGCGUUCAGCCACAGACAUAUCAACAGAAUUAGUGAUGUCAGACAUUACUUUGCGCUUCAGCGGCGAUGUGAAGCUUUUUGGCAGGCGCGCAAGCUGCUCAAUAUUGUGUAAAGCGUCAACGAUCAACUCCGGCUCAUUCAAAGACAGGUAUUUCUCUGUAAUAAUGAGCGGGGAUGUAUGUGAUUUGUAUGGCUCGUCAAAUUUCCGUAAAUAUGAUGACGUGAUUGUUGCAGAGUAUUGUAUGAUGGAUUUUCUGUCCGUCGUCGGAGAGAAUAAGAAUGCCUGGGAGGGUCAGAGCCGCGACAACUGGAAGGAGGGAAGACUAUCUACCUGAAUAUCUCCAUCUGGUAUCGACAACCUGGCACUUUGAGCUAUCGCAAUUAGAAUGCUAGCGUUGUAAGGAUCGAAAGGCAGCUUGUUCAUCUUUUGAACUAAUUUAUAUGCUACAUUCAGCGGCUGUUUUUGGCGUGUAAAUUCUUUCCGGCGUUUGCGUGAUAUCCAAGUGUUGUCGAUGAAGGCGAACAUUGGCCUGGAAGUUUCUCUCGCACAAACAAGGAGGGGGCAGGAGACGGUAGCAACAUGUAAGCUGUCGUAAAGCAGAGGAAGUUUUGGACUAUGGAGCAUGCUUAGUUUAGAGGACUGGCUCGUGUAUGAUAUUCCAUACCUGCUAAACCUGAGCUGGUUGACCGUGAGAACCAGGAGAGAAAAUAGACGUCGGAUUGAUUCGUCUCGAAGGGACUUUACCCUCACACAAUCGAGAGUAUCAAAUUCAUGUAGAAUUUGAUCCUUUACUGGUGGAUAUCGACGAGAACGGUUGCUUAUAGCCUCUGUGGGCGUCGUGAUAGCUUGUGGAGGUGGGCAGUCGAGGAAGGCCAAGUGCUCAGCCGUCCAGGACUCGGGGCGGACAAAGAGGCGCGUAGAAGGGUGAGUAACUAGCAAAUGGCGGAGAGAUUCUGGUUCUGGGGUGCAACUCUCCCGUAUGGCCUUAGCCAUCAUUCCAGGGCAUUUAUGUUUUUUGGGCGUCGGUGUGGAUAUUGAUGUUUGUUUGCGAUGGGUACAAACACC